AUGGAAGGAGAAUUGAAGGAGGAGACACUGCCACCAGGGUUCCGAUUUCAUCCUACAGAUGAGGAGCUCAUAACAUACUACCUCAUAAACAAGAUCUCAGAUUCUGCUUUUACAGGAAGAGCUAUUGCUGAUGUUGAUCUCAACAAAUGUGAACCAUGGGAUCUUCCAGGAAAGGCAAAAAUGGGAGAAAAAGAAUGGUACUUCUUCAGCCUCCGAGAUCGGAAAUAUCCUACUGGAGUGAGAACCAACCGAGCCACAAACACGGGAUACUGGAAGACCACAGGAAAAGACAAGGAGAUCUACAACAGUGUCACCUCAGAAUUAGUUGGGAUGAAGAAGACAUUGGUUUUCUACAGAGGCAGAGCUCCCAGAGGGGAAAAAACCAAUUGGGUCAUGCAUGAAUAUCGUAUUCAUGCAAAAUCCUCAUAUCGGACAGCCAAGGACGAAUGGGUGGUCUGCCGUGUCUUCCAGAAGAGUGCAGGAGGGAAAAAGUACCCAUCAAACCAUUCGAGGGCAGUCAAUCCUUACAAUCUUGAAAUUGGCCCUGGUGCUCUUUCAUCACAAAUGAUGCAAGCUGAUGCUUUUCAAAUCCCUAUGGGAAGGAACUAUAUGAGCCAUGCAGAAGUGCAGGAACUUUCCAGGGUUUUUAGAGGUGGAUCAAGUAGCAUGAACUUGCAAAUUCCGGCUCAAAUGAAUUAUGCAGCAGUAGCUGGUGGAGGAGGUUGCUUUACAAUAUCAGGGCUGAACUUAAAUCUUGGUGGAGCAGCCUCGACGCAGCCAAUAUUGCGAGCAGCACCACCAGUUCCUUCAGCUAUGAAUCAACAAGAUGUUACUUCUUCCAUGAUGACUAAUGGUGUCAUGGCAAAUGACAGUGGCUACGGGGCGGCAGAGAUCAAUGCAAAUGCAAUGAGCAACAGGUUUGUGACCAUGGAACAUUGCCCUGAUUUGGAUAAUUACUGGCCUACAUAUUGA